AUGAACACCGGUGCGCGGUACUUUUUGCUGGUCCUAGGGGUGGUGAUAUCUUUGCACUACCUCUUGAGCUUCACGCACGAAGAAUAUGGCCGAAUUACUUCAAUGUCGAACAUCGCGUCCCAUUUCCAGCAAUCCCCUACAUCGUCGGACGAUACAGCGUUUUCGGGGGAUGAAAUAUCCAUCGUUGUGCCUGCUAUGGAUCCCAAUGACACAGACAUCACAGAACUCCUGCAUGCCGACCCGCCCAAGGCAAACGCGACCUUUGUCAUAUUAGCAAGGAAUUCAGAUAUAGAUGGCACGGUCAAAAGCAUUCGAGACAUUGAGGAUCGUUUCAACCACAAAUACCAAUACCCCUACGUCUUCCUGAACGAAGUAGAAUUUAGCGAGGAUUUCAAACGGCGUAUCUCGAACAUCGUUUCAACGACUGCCGAGUUCGGUGUGAUUCCUCACGAUCACUGGUUCCAGCCAGAUUGGAUAGACGAGACGAAAGCGACGGCUGGACGGGAGAAGAUGGUGAAGGAUAAUAUCAUCUACGGCGGCAGCGUCUCCUAUCGCAAUAUGUGUCGCUUCAACUCCGGGUUCUUCUACCGCCACGAGCUCCUCCAAAAGUACAGAUGGUACUGGCGUAUAGAGCCGGAUAUCCACUUUCAUUGCAAUAUCAACUUCGAUCCGUUCCUCUACAUGGAGAAUAACAACAAGACCUAUGGGUUCACCAUCACCAUGUACGAAUUCGAGGCUACAAUCCCUACACUAUGGGGACACGUCAAAGAUUUUAUCAAAUUGCACCCUGAAUACCUCGCCAAAGACAACUCUAUGGACUACAUGUCCGACAACAACGGCGAAACGUACAACCGCUGCCAUUUCUGGAGCAACUUCGAGAUCGCGGACCUCAAUUUCUGGCGCGGAGAGGCGUACCAAGCGUACUUCAACUACCUCGACGCGCAGGGCGGGUUCUACUACGAGCGAUGGGGAGAUGCGCCUGUGCAUAGUAUUGGCGCCGCCCUCUUUACGAGCAAAGACCAGAUUCAUUUCUUCGAUGAGAUAGGAUACGAGCAUAAUCCGUACACGCACUGUCCGCGAAAACAAGAAACGUGGGAGGCAGGCCAGUGCGGGUGCAAUCCAGCCAAAAGCUUCGACUACGAUGGAUACUCGUGUAUGAAGCAAUGGGAGCGGAUCCAGCAUAAGUGA